AUGUCUCUUGCAAACACAGCUGCGGAGUACAUGCUCUCUGAUGCCCUGCUGCCUGACCGCAGGGGUCCCCGCCUCAAAGGCCUGCGCCUGGAACUGCCCCUGGACCGGAUGGUCAAGUUCGUAGCUGUGGGCUCCCCAUUGCUGCUGAUGUCUUUGGCAUUCGCCCAGGAGUUCUCCUCCGGGUCUUCAAUAAGCUGCUUCUGUCCCAGCAACUUCAGCGCCCAGCAGGCUGCCUAUGUGGACAGCUCCUGCUGGGACUCACUGGUUCACCAUGAGCUGGAUGAGCCUGGCCAGUACAAGAUGAAAUCUCUCUGGCCCCACAAGGCGCUCCCCUACUCCCUGCUGGCCCUGGCCAUGGUCAUGUACCUGCCAGUUCUGCUGUGGCAGUACGCGGCGGUGCCAGCCCUCAGCUCAGACCUGCUGUUCAUCAUCAGCGAACUGGACAAAUCCUACAACCGCUCCAUCCGCCUGGUGCAGCACGUGCUGAAGAUCCAGCAGAAGAGCUCCGACCCCCACAUGUUUUGGGAUGAGUUGGACAAGGCUCGGAAAGAACGAUACUUUGAAUUCCCUCUGCUAGAGCGAUACCUGGCCUGUAAGCAGCGCUCACAUUCACUAGUGGCUAUCUACCUCCUGAGGAACGCGCUCCUGCUCCUCUUCACCUCGGCCAUCUACCUGUACCUUGGUCACUUCCAUCUGGAUGUCUUCUUCCAAGAAGAAUUCAGCUGCUCCAUCAAGGCAAAGCUGCUAAGUGACGAGACCCACGUUCCUGAUCUGAUCACAUGUAGGCUGACCUCCCUGUCCGUUUUCCAGAUUGUUAGCCUCUCCAGUGUAGCAAUAUAUACCCUGUUGGUUCCAGUGAUAAUCUACAACCUCACACGGCUGUGUUGGUGGGACAAACGUCUCCUAUCUGUCUAUGAAAUGCUUCCAGCUUUUGAUCUUCUCAGCAGAAAGAUGCUGGGAUGCCCCAUCAACGACCUCAAUGUGCUCCUUCUUUUCCUCCGAGCGAACAUCUCUGAACUCAUCUCUUUUAGCUGGUUGAGUGUCUUAUGUGUGUUGAAGGACACAACCAGCCAGAAGCACAACAUUGACACAGUGGUCGAUUUCAUGACUUUACUGGCUGGCUUAGAACCCUCAAAACCCAAACACCUCACCCAGCAGGGGUGUGAUGAACACCCAUAG